AUGAUCGAGAAAACUCGAUCGAUAUUGGCAGAAGACUUCUCGAGUUCUCCUUAUAUUCCUCAAGUUGUGUUUUAUCAAACUGGUUUAGGUACUUCGGGUGAUUUUAGUUUGGACUUGAAAUCUGGUGUUACUGGCUACGGAAUGAUUGAUAAGAUCAAAGAGUCAUACGCUUUCAUCGUUUAUAAUUGGUUACCAGGAGAUGAAAUCUUGAUGAUAGGUGCAUUGAUAGAUGAUGUAGGGAUUUUAGAUUCAACUGAGAUGGAUAGUUUUUAUGAUAUCUUUCAAGCUUAUGUAGCUCUUGGCAAUAAUGAUUCUCAUAAACAAUUAGAAGCAAAUCAAUUUCUUUCUCUUUAUAGGACUGGUGGUUCGAAAGCUACUAGACCUAUGCCGAAAGGAACUCUUAAAUGUAUUGGUGUUUGGGAUACAGUGGGUGCUCUUGGAAUACCUCUCUUUACAAAUCGUUCAUCCGAUCCGCAUUGUCUGGGAUUCGUGGAUACUCAGUUAGGUAAACAUGUUCAAUACGCCUUUCAUGCACUUGCAAUCCAUGAAACACGAGAAGACUUUCUUCCCACCAAGUGGCAACAACCUCCAGAACAACGUCAGGCAGGACAAAUCUUGAAACAGGUCUGGUUCCCUGGAUCUCAUAGUGAUGUUGGAGGUGGUUAUGCUGAGCAUGAUUUGGCUGAUUUGGCAUUAAUCUGGAUGGUGGCAAAUUUAAUCGAAUAUGGAUUACUUGCUAUUGAUACUGAGUUUAUUUUCGCAAUUCCCGCGCCAAAAUUUGGUUGGGGACAAAUGGAACCACACAAUCCAAGAGAAGAUUUUCCAGCUUCAUUAAGUUAUUCAACCAUUCGAAAACUUCCUAAACGUUCAAAAGAAGUCAUUCUUACACAAGAAAGGUUUCAUUCUUCAAUUAUUUCAAGAAACGAUUUAGAUGAAGAUUUAAAGAAGACAUUAGAACGAUCACCCGAUUUGAUUACUAAUCUUUUACCAUUAGAGAUUGAAAUGAAAGCGAGAUGGACACGAGAAUGUGGAAAGCAGAGAUCUCAAUUCUGUGAGAUUAGAGAAGAAGUUUUAGAUUUGAGUAGUAAUCAUCAUCAUCAUCAUUCUAAUCAAAGACAUUCGAUUCUUGAAGAAGUUGAAGACUCUGGUCAACUAGGUAGUAAAGAAUUGGACGGGAAGGUUAUUAAUACUACCACGACUACUGUUACUAGUAAUUCAAAGUUUGGGUUCUUGAGGUUUGCGAAAUUGAAACUCUGGAGAGGUCAAAGCCUAGGAUCGAUUUUUUCUUUUCUUUGA